AUGGCAUCAGUUUAUUUCUUCGAUGAGACUGAAUUGAAAGGGAGCAGACACUGUUGUGAGCAUGAUGAUCACUUCUUCAAGUACCAUGGCUUGGAGAUAAAAAGCCGAAAUUGGCACUUUGGUCUUAGCAGCAAACAGGCCUGGCUUUGUGCGGUGCAGGUUUGCUGCAUCGGUGAUGGUUUAGUUUACCUGAUGAAAACAGAGCAGUUGUGUACCCUGAACUCCUUUCCGAAUUCUUCAUCAAGGGGAUGGAUCUUGAAUGGCAGUGGUAUUAACAUGACAAGAUCAGAGAAUACAGCAGAUUAGACAUUGAAAAAGACAGUGUGCCCUAGACAGUCUCAACCAAAGCAUUGAACAAACUGUACAACCUGUUAAUUAACU